GUCUCUCUAUUUUUCUUUACUUUUUUAUUAUUUUUUUAUACAUACAUAUAAUAUACCUUUACAUACAAUGAACACAUCUUUUUAUCACCAAGAUCAAAUCAACAUGUUUUCUUCUCCACCUCAUCAACAAGCAGAUCAUUACAAUUACUUUACAUCAAUGCAUCAGCUUGAGUCUACUUUAUUAAAUUUCCCCCCUUCAAAUGAUAAUACAAUGAAGAUGGAAGCUACUUUCUAUCCCAGCCCAUCUGAUUCCCCAUUAUCAAGCGAAAUGAUGGUGGUUACACCUGAUUCUACUACGGAUCUUCAAUUUCAUGAAGCCUUUUUCAACACCCACAGUCAAUUCCUUGAUUCUAUGGCCAUGGUACCACCUCUUGGUCAAUUUGAUUCUUCUUUUGAUAUUCCCGUGGACGCAUUUGCUUCUAUUUUGACUCCUGAUCUCUUUGAACACAAGGCUCCUGCAAUUGAUUUGGUAGAUCAAUUUAUUGCAGAACAUCAAGCUGCUUUAGAUGUACCAGAACAUCAAAUUAGUGAACAGUCCAAAGAAACUAGCUGGUCUUAUUGGACUUAUUCAUCUCGUGCUUCUACUCCUGAAGUCUCUUCAGACUCAACCACAACCCAUGAGGACAACUCUACUGCUCCUUCUUCACCUGUACCUGAAGUGGCUGUCCGUAAAAACAAAAAGACUAAUAAGGUAACUAAAGCUCCUGGUACGACACGUAGGGGUCGUGGUAAAGGUGUCAAGAAUAGUGUCUCAAAGAAGGCUCUUGCUGCUGCUGCCGCUGCUGCUGCCGCUGCUACUACUAGUACUACCGCUGCUACCGCUGCUGCUUCUGCUUCUACUCCUGUUAUGUGUACAUCAUCAUCAAAAGAACCCGUGGAAGGUGCACUUUACGUUUGUCAACAUGAUGAUUGUGGAAGAUCAUUUACUAGACCCUACAACCUCACUAGUCAUAUGCGCACUCAUACUUCUGAACGCCCUUAUGCUUGUACUCACUGUGGAAGACGAUUUGCUAGACAACAUGAUCGUAAUAGACAUGAAAAGUUACAUUGGGGAAUCCGUCCUUAUGCUUGUCACCACUGCCAUAAAUCAUUUGCUCGUAUGGACGCAUUAAAUAGACACUUGCGUAUGGAAAAUGGCUGUACUGGCGCACAUUUGUAACUUUCUUUUUCUUUUUGCUAUUCUAUUAUAUAUAUAUCAUAUCUGUUCAUAUUCCUUCCUUCAUGUGUAAUUUACUCGCCCAUUUCCCCCCUUCAACUUUGAAAAAAAAAAAAAACUGUAAAUAAUAAAUUCAAUAUAUCUUAUCCCAACUA